GGGGGGAUGACUGUAACUGAUUUCAAUCGAAGAAUGAGAGUGUUGGAAGUUUUGCCACAGGGACGCCGGCCCGGAAGAGCGAUAUUGUCAGGAAAAUUUCCUCACGAUGUCGAGGGUUUCUGCUACCCCCUAACUACAAUGGAAGUUGGAUAUAAAAGUGUUGUGGGGUUGGACGCAGUAAAAGAACUGAAGACGGAGCAGGAGCCUAACCUCGACCGUACAAGAGAAGAAAUAAAACGGAAUAUAAGAACCUUAGAAUCGAAACUAGGUUCGCCGAUGACUGAUGCGGACAUAUCCCUUUACAAUGCCCUCAAAACCAAUCUACGAAACAUCAAUCUUUCCGAACUCUCAUGGCGUGAUCCAGAGGCAAAUAUGAUUAUUUCCGACGGUUCAACAUUAGGAGGGGUAUGGAACAAUCCAGCAUUUGCAGCUAGCGAAAUGCGUUGUUCGCAAAGUGAAGGAACUUAUAUCACAGAUAUCAUUGUACCUUUGCUUCGGGCCAGUUUGGAUGAUCUCCCAAAUGGUAGUAUCUGUAUAAGCACUGCGGAACGUCAGAGCAUAGCAAGUAAGGUUCGAAAAAGUCUUGGGGUGAAUGAAGAAAAGAGUUCACACUCUCCCAGAGUGCCGAUAGGGAAAAAACCUGAUGUUAUGAUGAUGGAAAAAUGUGGAGAGGAUGAUUCUAUAAAAUUGUGGAGGGAAACCUUAGAUGGAAUAAGUCUUGUCGGUAUUACUUGUAGACCAACAAGUAAUCAAUUCGGUAUUGUUGGAAUUCAAGUAGCUG